GGUGUGGCGAAAAAUGAAGUUUACUCGAAUACGAGCGGCGACCUUACUUCUAUGCUUCGCCACCGCGUAUCUCAUCGGCGAGUAUGGACUGCUCUACAUCUACACAAUGUACUGGGACUUUCCUCAACGAGGAAUGGGAUCCGACGUGGUGAAGAUCCUCCUCGUCAGUGACGCGCAUGUAGCAAACAUGCAGAAUGAUAAUCACUGGCUGAGCAUGCUAGCACGUUGGGAUGCUGACAGUUAUCUUAGUCAGUCGUUUGCAGCCGCUUGCAGGCACGUAAAGCCAGAGAUGGUUGUUUUCCUUGGUGAUCUGAUGGAUGGAGGUAGCAGGGCAACAGAUGCUGACUUCCGGUUGUAUAGUGAGAGGGUGAGGAGAGUGUUUUCGGUGCCUGAUGGAGUGUCUGCGGUUUAUUUGCCUGGUGGGCAUGAUAUUGGUGGGGAUGAUGGUGAGGAGAUGUCUUGGAAGAAAGUGGGGAGAUUUGUUGAGGAGUUUGGGAAGCCGAAUUUGGUGGUGAAUUUUAAGGAAUUGGAUUUUGUUAAGAUUAAUACAGUAAUUUGGCUACGAAAUCAAGGAACUUUAAACGAAGAUGAGACAAACUUUCUUAAAGAAUUUUCACUUUUUCUUGGCGUCAUAGACGAAGACAGACGAUCUUUUCAUGCACCCAUUGUCUUCUCACACAUUCCGCUCUCACAUAAUCGUGAGGCUCGAGACAAUAUCUUCAAACAACUACGGCCGAGAGUCGUUUUCAGUGGUCACACUCAUAAGGCCAAAAAGCACAAGUUUGAACUUGAAGAGAUGAGUAUUGCUCACUAUAAAGGGAAGGAGGAAGGACCACUGGAUGUGACUGACUAUACAGUCCCAACAUGUAACUAUCAGGUAGCAGAGAGUGGAAUGGGAUAUGCGGCUGCAUUGCUAGGACCUACUGGAAAGGCUCAGUUCUACACAAUUCUAUGGUUGCCACCUCGAUAUCCCACUCUGUUCAUAUACAUCAUCCUCAUCAUCAUCUUCAUCGCAUUUCUAUGCUGGUUCAGACGCUAGGAGUCACGUGAUUUUAAAAUUAUUGAUUAAUAUCAAACUGACAUUUGAAUAUACUUGCAGCAAAAACAAAUAUAUAAGUGUGAGUGAUGACUACAAAUACAAUGAAAUCGGUUAGCGACACAUA